GGCGGAGAGGGGUGGGGGGGGCAGCGCAGGUUCCUGUGUGCGCUGGCUGCGGCCUGGCACCGGGAGGAGGGGGCGGCGGCGGCGGGGCCGGGCCCGGCGGAGGACUAUGGACCCGGCCGAGGCCGUGCUGCAGGAGAAGGCCCUCAAGUUCAUGCCCCGAAUACACAUGCCAAAAGAUGGAUUCCAACUUUUAUCUUCUGGAUACCAAGCAUGGCUAAAGCAGUGCUCUAUGCCCAGAUCUCUGUGGCUGGGCUGCUCCAGCCUGGCGGACAGCAUGCCCUCGCUGCGAUGCCUGUAUAACCCAGGGACUGGCGCACUCCCAGCUUUCCAGAACUCCUCUGAGAGAGAAGACUGUAAUAAUGAUGAGCCCCCUAGGAAGAUCAUUCCCGAGAAGAAUUCACUUAGACAGACCUACAACAGCUGUGCCAGACUGUGCUUAAACCAGGAAACGGUGUGUCUAGGAAGCACGGCUAUGAAGACUGAAAAUUGUGUGGCCAAAACAAAACUUGCCAAUGGCACUUCCAGUAUGAUUGUGCCCAAGCAAAGAAAACUGUCUGCAAGCUAUGAGAAGGAGAAGGAGCUCUGCGUCAAGUAUUUUGAACAGUGGUCCGAGUCUGACCAGGUGGAGUUCGUGGAGCACCUCAUCUCCCAGAUGUGUCACUACCAGCACGGACAUAUAAACUCAUACCUCAAACCCAUGUUACAGAGGGACUUCAUCACUGCACUGCCAGCUCGGGGAUUGGAUCACAUUGCUGAGAACAUCCUGUCCUACCUGGAUGCCAAAUCGCUGUGCGCCGCAGAGCUGGUGUGCAAGGAGUGGUACCGCGUGACGUCGGACGGCAUGCUGUGGAAGAAGCUGAUCGAGAGGAUGGUCAGGACAGACUUGCUCUGGAGGGGGUUGUCGGAGAGGAGAGGAUGGGGACAAUACCUAUUUAAAAAUAAACCCCCUGAUGGCUCUGCUCCACCCAACUCCUUCUACAGAGCACUUUACCCCAAAAUUAUACAGGACAUAGAGACAAUAGAGUCAAACUGGCGGUGCGGAAGGCACAGUUUACAGAGAAUCCACUGCCGAAGUGAGACGAGCAAAGGGGUUUAUUGUUUACAGUAUGAUGAUCAGAAGAUAGUAAGUGGUCUGCGAGACAAUACUAUCAAGAUCUGGGAUAAGAACACAUUGGAAUGCAAGCGAAUUCUCACCGGACACACGGGUUCUGUCCUGUGCCUCCAGUACGAUGAGCGGGUGAUCAUCACUGGAUCUUCGGACUCAACGGUCAGGGUGUGGGACGUGAACGCGGGCGAGAUGCUGAAUACACUGAUUCACCACUGUGAAGCAGUAUUGCACCUCCGCUUCAAUAACGGCAUGAUGGUGACAUGUUCCAAAGACCGAUCCAUUGCUGUGUGGGACAUGGCCUCACCAACAGACAUCACCCUGAGGAGGGUGCUAGUAGGGCACCGAGCUGCUGUCAACGUAGUGGACUUCGAUGACAAGUACAUCGUAUCUGCAUCAGGUGACAGAACUAUCAAGGUAUGGAACACUAGUACCUGCGAAUUUGUGCGCACCUUAAAUGGCCACAAACGAGGCAUUGCAUGUCUGCAGUACAGAGACAGGCUGGUAGUGAGCGGCUCUUCAGAUAAUACGAUCAGGCUAUGGGAUAUCGAGUGUGGGGCAUGUUUACGAGUACUGGAAGGCCACGAAGAGCUGGUGAGAUGCAUACGCUUUGAUAACAAGAGGAUAGUCAGCGGGGCAUACGAUGGGAAAAUUAAGGUAUGGGAUCUUGUGGCUGCUUUGGACCCCCGUGCUCCAGCAGGGACCCUCUGCUUGCGAACCCUUGUGGAGCAUUCUGGAAGAGUCUUUCGACUUCAGUUUGACGAGUUCCAGAUUGUUAGCAGCUCGCACGAUGACACCAUCCUCAUCUGGGAUUUUCUGAAUGACCCAGCUGCCCAAGCAGAAUCCACUCGUUCCCCGUCCAGAACGUACACUUACAUCUCAAGAUAAAUAACACUACACUGUACCUCACACUCGCACAGGACUCAUUUAAGCUGCAGUAUUUAAAUUAUCUGCCAAUGCCAGGACAAAAGAACUAUCCACGUAACCAAUACUUGCUGAAGAGAGAAGCUCUCAGACUUGUUUCUGGAACAAAGUUGGCAUGCGGUUGAUCUCAGACAGGGUCUACUCAGCGCGGCUGACUGCUAAAGUGCUGCUAUAUCAGAAGAUGACUUUUAUCUUUCAUGAACAAUUAACAUUUUUAAACCUUCCCAUCCCUUUCCUCCCUUGUCCCCAUCUUCCUGUUCACUCCUCUCCCCUUUACCCUGUUUGGUUCCCCUCCAAACCCAGUCACAGAUGUCCUGUGAAUAUAUUUAAGAUGUUGCCAGAAUGUGUUGCUUUGCUCUUAAGCAGAAGACUUAUAGCCACAGUGCACCCUGCUGGGAGAGUCACUCCAGGGUGGGUGGGGAGGAGGCUGCUACUCUCAGACUGAAAUCAAUAUCCAUUGCUAGGCCUUUGUAAAAGCAUUCGACUCUGAAGAGCAACAGAAAUGCAUAUAACAGCCAGACCAGCCCCCCCCGUCCCUGCGGCUUUUGGCUGUUCUGACUGCAGACCUAUUCCUUUGGAGAGAGGACCCUUGAAAUUUGACUAUUAUGAGCUAAGUCCAUCUCUUUCCUCUCCUGCCUGCUCUGCUAACCCUUUGGAAGCUGGAUGUGUAUCGUAGUCUCCUUUAACAUCUGCUUGGCUGGGGAAUGCUAGUCAGUGAAAAGUGAAACACUCUUCUGCCCAAGUCCCAAGCAUGAGGGACUGGGGCCGAGGUCCAGUUCCCUCCAUCCCAGUGAAACAUUUCUGAGUUCAGUACUUCACUAGCAAAGAGAUGGUUUGUAUGAAGGACAAUCUUACCCCUGCUGUAUUCCCCGAAGACAGCUGAUGGCUUAGGAAUCGUUCUGUAAAUAGGACGAGGAGGGGAGCUGGACUCUGCUCCUUUCCUUCCAUCCAAGGUACGGUCUCCUGGUGAUGGCAGGUGGGUAGAUGACGGCCGACUUUAAAGACAGUGAAGUUAGGAGUGGUUCCAGGACAACUCUACAGCAGUUCUGGGGCUGGCCUUACUAGAAAGCUCUAUGAGGGAGAGUCUUUGGUGUGCUUCUCUAACCUACAUGCAUGCUGCAUUGCGGUGUAGGGACACGGGAUUAGUCCCUUCGCUGAUAGCUGAGCUGGAUCUUCGCUUUCUGGCCGCGGCUUUUGCAAAUUGCUGUUGUUUAGGAGAUAAAAAUAGCCCUGGGGGGACGGACACGAGAAAAAACUCUACCUAUCUUCAAACUAGGCAGAGAGGUCUGGGGAACAUGGCUCUUUCUAGAGAGGAAGGCUGAGAGGAGAUGCAGCAGGCCUGCAUUUGGAUCAGGAAAGUCUGUGUAAAUCAGUCGCUGGCCAUUCCGGGCUGUGCCCACAUCUUCCACUGCAGGUCUUGAAUGACCCCGCUGGGUUAUAGCAGGGAGUUGCUCCAGUCCUGCAGUGAGAAGUCAGGGCACUUUGUCUCUGGGCUAGGGAAGUUUUAAACAGGCUUUGUAACACCCUCUAAACUUGGAACUUGGCAGAUGGAAAAUUAUAUUCAGCUAUUUUCAUCAUCUUCACUUUGCUACGGAAGCAGUUGCAUUGUUUCUAAUUGCUUGGGAUGCGCUUUUCCCACCAAUGAAAUUUUGCAAGGAGCUGGGCCUGGGGUCCCCAAAGAGCAGUUCAGAGAGCUUAAAUCAUUUCAGUGACAGCCAGGAUGGAUGAGAAAGCAGUGGAGGUAUAGAGGAAUGGAAAGCAGGUGCAUAGGGUGUACCUGGCAUGGUUCCUGCAGCGCAUGAGCAGCAGCGUUAAGCACCCAGCUCCCUGGGUUUUCUCUGAGCCUAGAGACUACAUCUGUUCAAAAGAGCAUCUCGGAGCGUGUGGUGACACUCCUGUUGGAAUCAUUGCUGUAAAAAGGGUCAAACAGGUUAACUCUGCUCUGUUCAGGUAACAUUGACAGCAUGACUUAUCUCUGCAGAGUCCUACAUGUUCUGAGUGACUAUAGAAAGUUCAUCCACAACUAAUUUUGACACUACUUCUGAGCCUAGGAAGGCCGUUUUAGAUUUCAGGCAGUUACACAUAUCAGACAUAGUGCAGUCCCAAAGCAAAACUGGCAGGGGAGCUGGGAGAAUCAAAGCGCACAUCCCAGACAUCUCUCAGUUGAAGUUCUGCAUCUUAUCCUUAGUGUUACUUGAACGCUGUUCCUCUAAGUUCAGUUAUGACCUGGUCUGCAGCAUGGUUGCGUAUCAGUAGGGGAUAAACCUAGGCUUCAGAUUUAAUGGUUACUUUCCUCAUUUUGUCUGGUCAUCCUCUGCCUUUCCCAUUUAGGUGACUGUAGAAAACACCAAUCUGUUACUCCAGCCUCUGAAGGCUGCAGACUUCCUAAUUUAACUGUGUCUUUGUGGGUACCGCCUGCAAGGAUGCAUUUUAUUUUAUUAGUUGCAAGAAUUUGGGAGAAACGGAAGACCAGCUGGCCAGUCACAGGCACCACCACUGCCGAUUGUCCAUGGUUGUCACAGCCCUGCUGCUCCGUGCUGCUGUCCUGUAACUUCUGAGCACUGUCGGGUGUUCAAAUGGUAGUUAACCAUAGUUUGAGCUCUGCAUAGAGCUGUUCAAGGUACAGUUUGUGAGCAACAGCUGGAAUCUGGUUUUGGCAAACGAUAAGAACAGUGUCUCGCCUUCCAGAAGGGACUGUGUCUGGGUACUUGGUACAGAGCUGCAGAAGGGCAGGGCUUCCUACCCCGCUCCCGAGUUGUGCAGAUUAGCUGAUAGCUAAGAAGGAAACAGGAGUUAACUGAUUAACUUGAACUUGAAACUGCCACAGCCUGACAUUUGGUGGUGUUCAUUGUGCCCCCAGGGAGGAGCAAUCUGGUAAGUAGAUCUCUCAGUGUCAGAAGAGAGUGGCUUUUCAAAUUCCCCCCUUAGGAUACGUGUGUGUGUGUGCGUGUGUGUGUGUGCAAGAGUGCGUGUGAGAGAGAGGUUUCAGUGUGAACCGACUGGGUAAUCCCUUAGCUGGGUUGGAGCAAUUGCAGAGUUUAUAAUGAAAAGAGCUAGAACGAGCUUGCUGAAAGGAGA